ACCAUUCUAAAGCACAUCACUUUAAUGUGUAACGUUUUCGCUCUUUAUUAAUUAAAUCAUCUUUUAGUAUCUAAUUCUUUUACACUUUUCAGAUAAAAGGCGAUUAUAAUUCAUACCAGUUUCAAAAUUAUCACAGCCUCGUUUCCAAUGAAACACGACGACUACAUUACCCAGGGUUCAAGAAACGUUGCUAUGGAGAUGCAUGGAUGUGGUUAGUCUGGGAGUUAGUUCCUCACUUCUGGGUUGAGAUGGGCAAUAACGUUUAUGAAAUAUACCCUACUAUGCACGUUUCUUGCAAAGAAUUGGCAUUAUACUAUUAAUCUGUUGGUGAAAUACUAACAGUUAAGGUCAAAUAAGACUCGGACAGUCAGUGCGUUUUGCCGCAGCCAGUACUAGCCUAUUUGGCGCUGCUAAUGCGCGCGACUUUUCAAAGUGGGCGAGCCUGCGGCUCUUAAAGAGCUAACCCCGGUGUUAGCUUUGUACCGUACAAAGCUUGGCUAACGUUAUUGUUUGGUAAGAUGCACGCAAACCAGCGCUAAACCUUUUAUGGUUGCUCAAACGUAUGGUCCGUUGCAUUUUCAAAGCAUGGUCAGGUUGGUGUUUAUGUCUGUCUGGCUUGUCGCAAAGGCAGGGCAAGUUGUGUUAAUGCUAGUUAGCUAGCUAGUGAUGUAAACAGUAUUGCGGUUAGCAGUUAAUACCCAUUAACAUAAACGCUAACUACCCAAUUAAAGGGAUAAGCAGCUCAACAAAGGAAGCCUCUGUCACAUUUACCGACAGGCUGUGCAUCAUGUCUAUUGAUUUUGACAGUGCUGCUCUUCAAACCCAACAUGAAGAGGAAGAAUAUGACCAAGAAGACUUUGCCAGAGAGCAAGAGCUGCACAAACUGCUCACAGACCUGCCUGAUGACAUGCUGGAGGACAGCAGAGACUCCUCCCCAGAGCUGGAGUACUCUCCCUGCAGCAAUAAAAACACUGGCACCAGCCCACAGUCCACAUGGACUCAGCAGUGGUCCGAUCAUCCAAGGCCAAUCUCUCAAGAACAGAAAUAUGAAGUUGACUAUGACCAAGGCCUCCAUGAUGAGUAUGCUCAUGGGGAUGGUGCUGUUCAGAUCAGUGGACAUCGGAGUCAACCUGUGCUUCACACCUGGAGCCAGGAUCAUCAGUUCACCCAGGGAGAUUAUACGUACACCAGCAUGGACACAGAAAAAUGUACAGAGACCAGUGAUUUCUCCACAGACACAUAUGAGCCUAAAGCAUACCCUCAAAGCACUAAUAACCAUGUGGAAUAUACUGGAGAAAGAGGACAUGGGAACAAGCAAACCUAUGGGGACUGUAACACCAGAAACCAUUUUCAACCUAGGACGCCUGGAGCAGUGAAAGGAGGUGGAAAUCAGUACAAGGUUGGCAGCUACAAUCCUCACCAGCCUGCACAUCAGCCAAAGAUGUUCAACUCGCAGACCACUCACCAAGAAGGUCAUUUUGACGAUCUGCAAAGAGAAUUUCUUGACUCUAUGCAGCAAACCGCUGAUAGGGAGCAACUUGCCCAACUGCAGAUUUUAUACAAAGCUCAGCAAAAGCAAAUUGAAGACUUGGAGGGAAAACUGGAAGAUUCACAGCGUACUGCGAGAUACAUUGAGCAUCAGUUAGCAAUAGUUAAAGAUGAAAAGGAUGGCUUAGCAAUAAGCCUAAAGGAAUCAAGUCGAUUGGUCCAAGAGGCCAAGGAGAGGGAGGUUCAAAUGCAACACAAAAUGAAGACAUUGGAGCAGCAGGUACAGGUCCUGAAUGAGAGAGACCAGGAGAACAUGAAGAAGCAGAAGGUGGCAGAGGCUGCAGUAGACAGCAUGAAGCAGCAAAUGUUGGAACUUUGUCGCUCUGACACCCUGUCCAGAGCACGGGAGCAGCAUGACAGGGACCUUGCCAUCAUAAAGGAGCAGCAUGAGGCUGCACUGUUGGCCCUUCAUCAGAAACUCGACGCUACCUCUCAAGCUCUGAACGAACAGAUUGAUAUUAGUCAGAGGUUAAGAGAGCAGGUGAAGCAGCUGGAGCACCAAAGAGAGGAAGAGCAACUGGAGAGAGCCAGACUCGUUAAUGCCCUCACUCAGCGCCUAGAAGAGAGCCAACAACAAUGUGCCAAGCUGCUGCAGACCAGUUCAGUGCAGGAGAUGAGUCAGAUGCAAAUCAAACUACAACAGGCUCAGUCAGCCAAGGCGCUGAGCGAAGACAUGAACAAAGUCUUACAGGAGGAUCUGGCUGAUUUGAAGGAGCAGAUCACUCUCUAUGAGUCCGCUGUCAAACAUGGUGUUAUUGCAUUUGAAUUGAACAUUGAUUCUGAGAACCAGCUGUCCGAGUCCUGUAUGGAUUUAGGGUUAAAGAAAACAAACAAGAAAAAUGGCAUAAUUCACAGUACUGCCCUGGCUCACCUGUCAGACUCCAAGCUGCCAGAGGAGGAGGCUUUACAGUUGCUGCGAGUGGAGAUGCAGCGCUGCUUGGGUAGUCUGAAGGGGAAGCGACAGAAGAUCGGUCAGCUGCAGGAGGAGCUCCAGCACUGUAAGAGCCGAGCGAAUGAGCUGCAGACCCAGUUAGAUGAAGCCAAGCUCAGCUCUGCGGUCAGGGAGACCAGCCAGGUGAAACAUCUAGAUGUGAAUGGAGAGUCUCGAAAAGAGUUGAUGAGACUGCAGAAAGAAAAACGACAUCUACAGGAGCAAGUGGAGGUGCUAGAGAAAAAGAAUAAGGAGCUGAAAGAGAAUGAGGAAAAAGUGAGGUCUGCCAACUCAGAGCUAUGCACCAAGAUGAGAGAAAUGAUCCAGGAGCUGGACCAGGAGAAGCAGGAGGCUGCUGAGAGAUUUGAGCGGAUACAUCAGCAGUAUAGGGAUGAUGUGGUGAACCGGGUCAGAACAGAGCUCAUGCUGGAACAUGAUGCUCAGAUUGAACAGCUGACUGCACAGCACCAGCAGCUGGUCCAGCAAUUACAGACCCAGCUAUCUGAGGCCAGUGAUAAAGUGUUGGCUGUGCAAGAGUGUUACAUAUCUGUCUGCCAGGAGAAGGACAUGCUAGAAAACAGAAUAUGCAACAGUGAAACGGAGGAGGCUGUGAUCAAAGAACUUGAGCAAAGGAUGAGAGAGGAGAGUAGUACAGCUAUGGAGAAUCUGAGGACUGAGCUCGAGGCACAGCAUCAGGCUUCAGUAAACCAGCUCAAAGUUCUCUGGUCCAGAGAGAAGGAGGCUGAGAUCCAGCAGCAGGUGAAUUCUCAUGUAGCCUCAGCAAAGGCCAUGUGGAAAGAUGAACUGCAAAAGAUGGAGAGGACCUGGAUCCAGAGGCUAGAGGAGGCUAGGCAGGAGAAACACAGAGAGACUGCUGAGGCAACCUGUCAGACAGAUGAGAUUGAGGCCAGUAGUGUGACAGUUAUUGCUGAGGAGCUGGACUCCAGGCUCAGUGCCCAGAAACAGCAGCUGCAACUGGAAGCUGACCAAGUCAGAUGCAAAGCUGUGGAGGAAGCCAGGAAACAAACCCAGAGAGAGCUUCACAAGAAACACCUGGAGGACAUGGCCAAACAGGUUGAAGGUGCAGUGACCAGGGCCUACAACCGCUGGACUGAAGACCUGACUUCAUUACCAGAAUAUCAAGCCUCUCUGCAAACAGAAAAGGAGAAAUGGGAAGAACUACAAAAAAAACACACAGAACAACGGGUGUCGCAGGCCCUGAGGGAGGCAGAGGAACAGUGGAAUAAGAGGCACAAGAACCAGUUGGAGGCGCAGAGCUCUGGAGCACUGCAGGUGGAGGAACUCCAAGAGGAGGUGGUGAUUCUCCAGAGUCAGCUGGAGCAAGUGAGAAGAGAGCAAGCUGCCUUGCUGAAGGCUGAGCUGGCUGGAGCUAGAGCAGCCUGGAACCGAGAUAAACAGCAGGAGAUCUCUAUCAUUCAGGUCCGCAGCGAGCAGGAUUACCAAACUAAGCUGCAAGAAGAACGCAAAAAGCUGGAACAAGCUUUACAGGAUGCCGACCUCCAGAAGAAGGAGCUGCUCCUACAGAUGGAGGCGAAGCUUCAGCAGACAGUGAGGGUUCGAGAGGAGGAGUGGAGACAUCAGCAUGCAGAGAAGGAGCUGACCCAGAGACAGAAGAUGAGAGAUGAACUAUUCACAGAGCUUCAUACUGCACUGGCAGAGAUCCAGGGACAACUUCUCAGGGAUUUUAGUAGAGAUCUGCAGGGCACAGAAGACACCAGGAAGACCAGUGGGUCCUCGUCAGAAGGCACAAUAGCACGGAUGGUUCAGAUUUCAUGCAGAGACAUAGUCAACCAAGCAGUGUCCCAGGCCAAGAAGGACUGGAAGAAAAUAAGUGAGGAACGACUGAGCUGUGUGUUAAAAGAAACACAGGAACAAUAUGAAAGAGAACUCGACAAAAUGCAAAACUGUUUGUCCCAGAGGAAGGAGCCUGCUCGUUGCAGGAAGGAGUGCAUUGAGAAUUUAAGUAAACUACAGAAGAAGAACCAGGUGCUCCAGAGACACUUGCAGAAAGCCUGUCAUCAACUCCAGCACAGUGUUCAAGAGCACAAAACUGCCAUGCAGUAUCUCAAAGACGAGCAUGAACGCAGCUCUAAAAAAGCUAAGGAGGAACAUCUGCAGCAGCUGGAAGAAGUGAAGAGAGCCAGAGAACCUCCAGGGAGUUCUGAUCAACUACAAAAUCUUCAGCAAGGCCUUGAGGAGAUGAAGCAGCAGUACCUGAUGACUGUGGAAAAGAUCAGAGGAGACAUGAUGCGUUACCUCCAGGAGAGCCGGGAGCGAGCAGCAGAGAUGAUCCGCAUUGAGGUGCAGAGGGAGAGGCAGCACACUGCCAGAAAGAUGCGGCAUUAUUAUCUGACCUGUCUGCAGGAGUUACUGGAGGACAGCGGAAAGACUACAGGGGCUGAAAAGAAAAUAAUGAAUGCUGCACGCAAGCUAGCAGCCAUGGCUAAAGUGCUCGAGACACCUAUCAGAAGUAAAUGUGGAAAGAACUCCAGUUUACCAAGUCGAAACGUGGGGUUCAGUACGAACCCGUCCACAAUAACUGAGCUUCUUGACGUCAGCCCAGAAGAGAGAUCCCACAGGGAACAGACUUGUGCUGAUUCAGAGCAGAACCUCACUGCUGCUACCAGGACUCAACCUUUGAGCCAUCAGGCCAUUUCUGUUUCUGGGAAGGAGGAGCCCUCACUGGGUGCAGGGAUGAAACCCCAAACUGCUGCUCACACACACCAUCACUGUUACAAACCUUCUCAACAGAUGGCUUCUCCAUCCCAGGUGGAUUUUGUCAGUGUGUCUGUAAGGAGUAAGAGUAGGGAGCUGUACCUGCAGGGAGGUGACUCAGAGGAUCAGAGCAAACCUUUCCUCAUCCAACAGGCUCCUGUCAGAGAUGAGAAACAGACCAACUGGAGCACAAUCAGUAGUGACCCGGACACAAGCUUCCAAGUCCCUAGAUACUCCUACUCAGGGAGGAAAGUAGAACCAGUUAAGCCGUUUUCUGUCUCUGCUAUAUCGGCCAGUGGAGAGUUUGGCAGCCUCACCCCGGACAAGUCUGACCUGACUGUUUAUAAUGAGAUCGCCAAGAAGACACCUCACAUCCAGAUCUCAAACUUUCCUAGUACAAAGAUGAGUACACACAGAGAGCCCACUCCUGGCUCUGAGGGUGAAAAGCAGCAGGGAGUUUGUCCCAGGCCUCUGUUCUCUGAGCUGAGACAGUGCCAACAGGACAGUGCACUUGGCAGUCUGUUCUACACAAAAAUGACACCGUGAAAGGCAGGUAGGACUGAACUGACCUGACAGUUUUAGAUGGCUCACAAAAAAGUGCCUUUAAUGCAGUGUAUAAAGUUUACAUGAUGUAGAACAUUUGCCUUCAUAGUUGCUUGCAGUAUGUUUGUGUAUGUGUGUUGUAGUUUGACAUAGUGGGAAUGUGCUUCUUUGCUUUCAUGUGCUAAGCUAUUGCUGUCACUAGCUUCAUAGUGGUACUGAUAUUCUCACGUACCUCUCAACAAGAAAACAAGCUUCCCAUAAACGUCAAACUAUUAUAGCUUGAAUGCAUAGCUUGUUCCACUUCACACAUUUCAUGCAUGCCUGUCCUGGUCUGGACAAUUUAUCCCCUCAUGUUUUCCCCCCCCUCAUCCUAUUGGUCACAUUUCAGCCAAGCCUUAAAAAUGCAACUGCAGGGUUUGGUUUUAAAUCUCAGUGGGCCCUCAGCUAUAUACUCUGAAUUGAAGUAAGUAAACCGUUGACUUACUUCAGCAAGGUGCACUGACCAGACAGCCAGCUUUGACCUAAACCUGAUUCUGUUUGAAAAGCUCCCAAACCCCUCAAGCAGGCAGAUUUUGGAAUUUACUGUCUCACAGUUCACUGUUGCUCUGAGAGGUUGGAUAAAUACAGCCUCAAUAAAUAGAAAGUAUAAAGAUGUUUUCUAAGUGUUUUUUUUUUUUCCAGGGAUACCACAGUAUUAGCUUAUGAAGCUAAUGUCCACAAGUAUUCACAUGCUUCUUUUGCAUCCCUGUACUUAGAGGUAAUGUGCGUUUUGGAGAAAAUGUUUUUAUGCCAGGAGUUGUAGCUUCUAAUUUUUAAUCCUGUGACAACCCAGUAUGUGAGAUGCUGGCAGCUCAAAGUUAUCUACUGUAGCACUUUGGGUUUAUAAGGUGCACAGCUUAUGUCACUCUUCUGUUUUCACUCCAGUGUCUUUGUGGCUUUAUUUUUUGGAAUAUUUUAUAUCACAUCAAUGAGAUAUGCUGUGCAUAAAUAGUUUUUAUAUAUUUCUUUGUCCUUUUAAUAAAUCUUAUAAUUUUGC